AUUCAAGAAAGAAAUAUGUCAAUCUCCGUUGUUUCUCCCUCCUUCCGGCGGCAAAAGGGUAGGGUUUCACCUCAUCAUCCCUCUCGCCGUUUCCAGCGGAGUUCGGUGCCGCAGUCGAACUGCUCGUCAUUGCUGAUUCACACGACGAUUUCGGGGCCAAAAAUGUGAUUUUGUGAGGGGAGUUGAUAAGGAAAGAGAAGUUCGUGGUGUACUUGGAACGGAUUCGACGAGUUUGUAUUGAGCGUUAACUUUGUCGAUUAAUGGUAUAUGUAUUGUUGAAAGCAAAAGCAUUUGGUAAAAGAAGCAUCCUAUGAUAAGGAUUCUCAGUUUCGUGGCCAUGAAAUUCCACCAGGUUGAUUUGUGCUGCAACACUCAUCCAGUAUGACUGACAAUCGUAAAGGAAAUGGUGUGGUUUAAGAAGCAAAGGAUCCUUUAAACACUUCUGCCUAUCCAUUGAUAAGCUGCGGAGGAGAGAUCAAGCUGAAGACUGAGCAAGUCAUGGAAGUGGAGCUGUGGGUGAGCCUUGUCUCGAACAGAUCUUGAAACCAUGGAAUUGUUGGUGAUGGUGGUGGCAUCUCGCUGUGUCCAGAGAAAAAGAACCAUUACACCGGUUAUUAUUGUAACCCAAAUCAUUGAGAAGAUCCUAAUAUGAUAACACUGUAAUGGUUGGCAAGCUGAAAGAUUGUGGCAUGUCAAGUUAAGAAACAAAGCUCCGCAGAGUUGAAAUGGCAAAAAAGAAUGCAGAGUAUGUCAGAGUUGCAAUAAACAAUGCAAAUAAGUUCUCUUUUGUCCAUCAAUUCCCCUCCAUCACUUUCUCUCUUUCCUGUUCACUGUUUAUUAAGUGCCUGAGACAUGACAGCAUCAGCCUCCAGAGAGUUGUUCUUGACCAGUUGAUGACAGCAAGAACAAAAUCUUUUCAAUUGGUUAUGGUGGUGGACAGGGAGGGUGAGAGGAGUAGAAAGGAAUCUUGAGCUGGAUUUUUACCUUGCACUGACUCAAGGAGAGGUGUGGUGGUUAGUGUGUGCUGGGUUGGCUCUGCUACAGUGAUCUCUCUUCACCCAAUGCACCUUUUCUUAAUUUUCCUCUGAGGAGAGGAGAGGAGAGGAGAGGAGAGGAGGGGAGGGGAUUCUCUGCGCCUGCCUUUUGUCUUUUCAACCCUGCUUACAGCUGUGUGUCUGUGUCCUUUGUUCAAUUCCUUUUUGUGUCUUGGGGUCUUUGCUCUCACCACUGUCACCCAUUAAUCCACCACCUUCUUUGAUCGAACACAUGAUCUUGUCCUAAUUGUUCGUCUCCUUGGACUGCCUCGAUGAAUCGAGGUCUGGUGUUCUGAGCUUGAUCGAUCCAGCUGUUGCGGGGAGGAGCGGUGAGAUGGACAUGAACGAAAGGGAUGAAUGCAGCUCGGAGAAGAAUGAGCACCAUUUGACUUACAGCAAUGCUGGGUUUUCUUCUGGUUGGCAAUUCCGGAACCCAUCGGUAGGCAUCGUUCCCGGUGACCAGAGAGGUUCCAUGGAGGACUCCUUCAAUCCCAGCCUCUGGAAGCUGUGUGAGAGUGAUAUGCCUGCCAUUGCCAAACCAGUUCCUGCGACUUCAAGGUUCGACGACGGCUGGACUCCUUCAGAUUCAUCGUCCCGAGGAGGAACCUUCCUCCCGAGUGGCCCUCCGAUCCUCACCCCAACCCUGUCUCACUUCCCGGCUGAUUCGGCUUUCAUCAAGCGAGCUGCGAGGUUCUCUUGCUUCAGUGCCGCAAGCUUGGGCAGCAUGGCGACUCCUUUUGGCGCAUCUCAUUUGGCCGGUGCUCAGAUUCACAACAUCGAUAUCAACAUGGCAAAAGAUGCCUCGUUGCAUGAUGUUGAGCCUGGCGAAGCUACUGUUCCCAGUGGGGUUGGGGGUGGGCAUGAGAAUGCAGAUUCUUCCUCCAAAGACCUUGCUGCUAAGAAAAGAAGAAGAUCCAGCGAGGAGUUAGAAGCGGAGCAACGAGACCCACAAAUGGCUGCUGAAGCCAAGACGGAGAGUGUGGACACUGAUCACAAGGCUGAGCAGAGCAGCUCCACUGCUAAGCCUAACGGCAAGCAUGACAAGGAUGCCUCAGAAGCACCAAAGGAAGACUACAUCCAUGUUCGAGCUCGGCGCGGCCAGGCAACGAACAGCCACAGUCUUGCAGAGAGAGUGAGAAGGGAGAAGAUUAGCCAGAGGAUGAAGCUCCUUCAGGAACUUGUUCCUGGUUGCAGCAAAGUCACAGGAAAGGCAGUAAUGCUUGAUGAGAUCAUCAACUAUGUUCAAUCACUGCAGCAGCAGGUUGAGUUCCUGUCGAUGAAGCUUGCAGCUGUGAAUCCAAGGCUGGACUUCAACAUAGAAUCACUUCUCUCAAAGGAUUUUCUUCAGUCUCAUGGCGGGACUUCAUCCGCGAUUGGUUUCUCGCCUGAUGCGGUUCAUCCUCAAAUGCAUCUAUCUCAACAAGGACUGGUGCAAGCUGAAAUAUCUGGCAAUCUAAACCAUCCAAAUGCAUUCAGAAGAGCAGUGAACUCGAUGCCCAAUGCAUGGGAUGAACAGCUACAAAAUGUCAUGCAAAUGGCUGCUUUCAGCAGCAACUCUCAGCAGCCAAGAACUCAAUGAUGCAUCCCAUCAUAACCAUGAAGCUAUAUAAAUAUAGUUGAUGUUUGCACUGCAUGUCCUCAUGUUGCCCCAAAAUGAGCACAGAAUCCCUGUAAAGCUGAGCCUUGACAACUGUGUUGGAGAUGUUGGAAUCUGAUGCUGUUCUAAGAACAUGGCAGAGUUCAGAUGCUUGGAAGCUACAAGAUUGACCACGAUCAACACUUGGAGCAGAAGAUGGAUUCCUUGCUAGCAGAUUUGAACCCAUUGCAAGUGUCAUUGAAGGGUCUCAAAUCAGACUGCACAGAGAUAAUUAAAUCAUGGGGAAAUUGGAACCUUGCAUUGGCAGAGAAAUGGAGCAGAAGAGAGUUCAUUUGAAGGUCUGUGAGAUCGGCCUUGAAGUGAGUCUUCACUUUCUUGUUCUUGAAAUUAAUGGUGGGAGAUGGCAACUGUAAGCAGACCUUAAAAUCUUUGCAUUAUGCAUCCAUGUUCUAAA